AUGUCGGCCAACGGUCAAUCAUUCCUCCUCGACCCUGAAAAGACAGCCGGUCCCAUGCGCUACUCUCAUGCUCGAACGGUGCAACCAAAUACCUAUCACACCAUAUAUGUCUCGGGAAUUGCAGCCGUCAGUCCAGACGGAACGUACGAGGGUGUAACCGAGAAACCAGACGGCACAUACGAGCUCGAUAUCCGCAAACAAACAGCUGCAGUUCUACGGCGAAUUGAAAGCAUCAUAAAGGGCGCUUCGGAUGGAAAGGCAGACCUUUACAAUAUUGUGGACGCUGUGGUCUAUAUCUUGGAUAUGAAAACGCAGUACGCCGGGAUGAAUGAGGAGUGGAAUAAGAUUUGGCAUGAUCGUGCCAGUGCACCUUCUCGUGCGACUAUUGGGGUUAGGGAGCUGCCAGAUCCUCGGUUUUUGGUUGAGAUCAAAGCUACUGCAAUUUUCGAGAAAUGA